CCUUACCAUAAACCUCAUGCCUACAGGAUGCUUCUGGAGAACAGAUCAAUCAUUCUUUAGCUCCUUACAGAGGGGAAAAACAUGCCCACAAAAUGCCUUUUGAGAUGAACUAGAACAGCAUCGUUGCUUGGCUAGCUGGAUUUCACAUACUACAAUGAAGAUAUUUGUUUUCACUGGACUGCUCUCUCUUACCUCCAGUCUUUUCACAACAGCUUCAGAAUUUUCACUGAAUGGCUCUGCAGUUAAAACCGUGUCUCUUAUCAAGACUUUCCGUGGAAUUUCAGCAAGAGACUAUGAUUACAUCCCCCCUUAUGCUAUAGAAGGGGAGACAACAACCAUUCAUAUCAGAGAACACAAAUGCUCUUCAAAAAAGUCAAAUGACUCCACCUUAACUGAAGUGAACAACACCACGCUGGAGUACCUGACCAGUUCUCUGAGCACUAAGCUAAUACCUGCUGUCUACUUCAGUGCUGUUCUAUUGGGUGUCCCAUCUAAUGCCAUCAUCUUGUGGAUGCUGCUCUUCAGGAUCCGGUCUGUGUGCACUGCCAUCCUCUACACAAACCUGGCAGUCUCAGAUCUGCUCUUCUGCAUCAUGCUGCCCUUCAAAAUCGCGUACCACGUCAAUGGGAACAACUGGAUUUUUGGGGAAAUGAUGUGUCGAACUAUCACUGUGGUGUUCUAUGGGAACAUGUACUGCUCCAUUCUGCUGCUCACGUGCAUCAGCAUCAGCCGCUACGUGGCCAUUGUUCACCCCUUCACCUACAAGAGCCUCCCGAAACGUACCUAUGCCAUCACGGUCUGCGCUACUGUGUGGACCAUCGUCUUCUUGUACAUGCUCCCACUUUGCAUAAUGCAGCAAAGCUAUUACUUGAAACAACUGGACAUCUAUACCUGCCAUGAUGUACACAAUGCCUGUGAAGCAGUGUCUUCCUUCCAGUUCUACUACUAUGUUUCUUUAUCCAUCUUUGGGUUUUUAAUACCUCUUGCAACUAUUGUUUUCUGCUAUGUCUCAAUUAUAAGAACACUCAAGACUCAUGAAUGGUUCUGGUAUGUCAAAGUCAGCCUUUUGAUCCUUACCAUCUUUGCUAUUUGCUUUGUGCCAAGCAAUAUUAUCCUUAUUAUCCAUCACAUCAACUAUUACUAUUACAAGAUAGAUAGGUUGUAUUAUUUUUAUCUAAUUGCUUUAUGCCUUAGCAGCUUAAACAGUUGUCUUGAUCCUUUUCUUUAUUUUCUGAUGUCGAAAAUUAGAAGUCAAUCCAAUAUUUAUCUAACAAUGGUCAAAAUAUCCAGAGAAAAAUGAAUUUAGUCCUGUAUUUGUGUUAUUGGAAUUAUGAUUUUGUACAGUAUUAACCCAGGCAAAAAAUCUCAGGUGCAAAAAUUAAACUUAGAAAAUUCAAGUAUUAAAAAUGCCAAAUAUCAGUAAAAUUUACUUCCUUCUAUACACCACAGAAGGAGUAUCUUCAGAAAUGGACUUCUUGAGCUCUGUAACUUUAUAGUGCGUAUCGCAACAUCUGGUGUACCUAGAUUCAGGGAAGUGGUUCUACACCUUCUGAGAUCAGCACUUUCAUAGGCAUGGAGAAGAAACCAGUGUAUCAGUCACUACAUCCUCUGAACACCACAAGAAGAGUAAACAGCUGAACAGCACUUUUAGGCCCAUUAAUGAUUUCCAAAUUCUUCAAAUUAGCUCUCAGCCCACAAUCACUGCAGGAACAGUGAUGUGGAACAAUUUUUGGCACAGUGGAAAUGGGAACAAGUAAAAGCAUUUUCUCUGUUCUUGGAAGCUGUCAAGCUUUGCAGAAUAUCCCUGUCACAUAGCCAAGAGCAAAUACUGCCUUGGAUGUUGGAAAUAAAGACCUAGAGUCCCCACAGAUUCAUGGAGCAGUAAAUCUACAGCCAUAAACACACACAGAGCCUGAGACUUUCAAAGCAGCAUCUCCUAUGAAGCUGCUUAACCAGCUUUGCACUGGAGACUUGUUCUUCCACUUCGUCAGCGCCUGCACUCCUCUAGACCAUGAGGACUGCUGGGAGCUAACGCUUAUCAGUGUGAAUCCAGGCAUGCAUUAUUCUUGCUUGGUAAGCAAAACAGGGAAGCUAUUUUGUAGUAUUUUCUAUUUCCACAUUCUCACAGGAAAUACCUACAGUGUUACAAAUACUGAAGCUAGUUAUGAUUGAUUGUUCACAUUAAUAAAGCAAAGGGUCAGCUUUUAUGUUUACUAAAACUAAAAAGCUAUAUAUAUACUGAGUGUAAGUUCCUACAAAAUUCUCAGUAGUUGGUAUUUGCAGCUGCAUCAUGUAAGAUAGUGAUGAGGAAAAAAUGUUUUACAGCAGUUUGAUAAUAGUAUUGUAAAAAAAAAUUACUUAAAUAAAAUAAUUUGCACUGAAAAAUCUCUUGGAGGAAUUUUCAGCCUGGUAAGACUUUCCCUCUUCAAUUUCUUCUGGAUCCUAUUUUUAGUUAGCUUUAAUAAUCCCACUCCCUCAUCAUGCACAACAACUGAUAUUAAAGAUUACUUGAAAUAAUACAGA